AUGUUUGAAGAAAAUGCUGAUAAUGUAAAACAAGCACAAAUGACUCAAAUUUCUAAAGUUCAAGUGACCCAAAUUCCUGAAGCACAAGUAAUCCAAAAUUUUAAAGUACAAGCAACCCAAAUUUCUGAAGCACAAGCAACCCAAAUUUCUGAAGCACAAGCAACCCAAGUUCCUAUAGCACAUGCAAUUGAAGUUCUUAUGAUACAAACAACUAAAGUUCCUAUAGUACAAGCAACUAAAGUUCAUAUAGCAAAUUAA